AUGCAAGGAGUGUACGAGGAGUUUGGGUAUGGGUACGGGUAUGGGUACGGCUUCAGAUCAGAAGUACCCAGGAAAAGCCAAGGAAGAGUGCAGGGAAACUGGGAAAGCAAUAGAAAGAUGUAUGAAGUGAUUAUAGAUGUUAUAGAUGUUGGAUGUCAUAAAAUGAAUACAAAAAAUGGCGACUUUAAAGGAUUAGAGCUAUCAAUAUGCUUGCUUGCAGAAGGUUUAAGAGAUGAUGUUGGCACACAAGCCCCCUUUUUUUCCCUUUCCUUUUCGUCCGUGGUCACAGUGCGCAACAAGAAAAGAGUUGGAUAUACAUAUGAAUUGACCCUAAAAUUUAAAGGGGACUGGUUAGUGAAAGAGGAGAAGAAGAGAAUCCAGGGUCAUCUAGAUAUUCCAGAAUUUUCAUUUGGAGAGCUGGAUGACUUGCAGGUUGAAUCCAGGCUCAGUGACGAUAAAGAUCUCACUGCAGAUGAAAAGGUUAGGAUAAGAAGAGAUCUGCAGUCACUUGUUGCCCCCAUUCGGAUGAAGCUGCAGGAAUUUGAACAGGAGCUUAAAGAUAGGUGACGAGCAAUAAGGGUGUAGUUUAGAUUCAAGCCUUUGUGCUCGGCUGAUGUUGUGUGAUCUCCUUCUGUUGGGAUGAACUUAUGAAUAACAUUUAUAAUUAACUUUGUAAUGUUAUUUAAGCGUGGCAGUCAAUGGUGCUAAUGCGGUUACAAUCCAUUUGAUGAUA